GCCUGUUGCACAAAAGUAGAAUUAAGACAUCCGGGAUAAAUGACUCAGCUGAGCUCAAUGAAGCCAAAACAUGUGCGUCCAGGCUUAAUUGGUUGCACAAAGACCAAGCCAGGAUGAGCAGACACGGAUUCAUUAAGCCAGGUGAAACCAAUCCUGGAUAGGUGCGCGCUCACGGCUCACUCAAAUAGACCCCGCCACAGAUCACAGAUUAACUGAUUUACCAUGGCAACUAGAGCCGCGUACUUUUCCCCGUCGGAAGCACAAAUCCUCAUGGAGGCAUACGAGGAGGUAAAAGAUAUAAUUAAGAAGAAAGGCAACACCGCCACAGUGAUAAAGCAAAGAGAAAAAGCGUGGCAAAGUAUUGCAGACCGCCUGAAUGCAUUAAACAUGAACGGGCCAAAACGGACAUGGCAGCAGGUCAAAAUCAAAUACAAGAACAUUCUGCAGAAUGCAGUGAAAAAGAAUACCCACAGACAAGGCACGGGUGGUGGGUCACCAAAGGCUGACCUUACCCCAGCAGAGGACAUGGCCUUGGAGCUAAAUAAAGGCAGGCCCGUCUUAGAGGGGAUCCCUGGGGGGAAAGAGACGAGCAUAGGUUCCUCCCAAGAUGCCACCCGCUUCAUUCAAGUGCCUGGCAGCACUGUGUUCCUGUUAGAGCCACCAGCACAAGCACCAGACGAUGCUGAUCCAGGUGAAGGCCCCAGUGCAGCAGCAACAGCACAUGAUGGAGACGAUGAUGAGGAGACCAUCUCUCUGGAUUCCAGAAGGCAUGAGGACCCAGAUGCUAUACAGUGGGAAAACCAGCCUGGCAACAUAAGCUCACAAGCUAUCAGAAAGUUGUAUGGCAACCACCUCCGGCGCCAAAUAGAACUGGCAGACAUAGACAUUCAGUACAAGAAGAAAAAGAUGGAAAAUCUUGCACUGGAGUCCGAAAUAAAAAAGAGGACAAUUAGGAAACUGGACCUUGAAAUAAAAAAACUUGAGAGGGAGCUCCAAGAAGAUGACACAGCUCAAAAUAAAAAUUAGCAAUCAGUACAACCAAGUCAUCGUUAUAAGGCAUCGCCCUCUUUUGCCCACCCCCCCAGCACCAGGUGUGGCCACUAGCCUAUAUGAAGGCCCAAAAUUGUGUUCCUUUCUGCUCUGACAAUGGCAUGCCCAUUCGUGCGAGAUGUGGUGGAUGAAGAAGCACUUGUGCUGAGGAGAGCCUUCAGGCGAGAAAGGGUCUUCAGGGACCGGUUGGACCCACUGGCCUUCCCUGAUGACCAUCUAUAUGAAAGAUACAGGUUUUCUGCAGAUGGCAUCAGGUAUCUAUGCAGACUACUGGGUCCCAGGAUUAAGCACCGCACUGCACGGAGCCAUGCACUGAGUGUGGAGCAAAUGGUUUGUGUGGCCUUGCGCUUUUUUGCUAGUGGAGCCUUCCUGUACUCAGUGGGGGAUGCAGAACAGCUGAACAAGGCCACAAUUUGCCGCACAAUAAGGAGUGUGUGUCUGGCUAUCAAAGCAUUAGCAGAUGUCUUCAUCUCCUUCCCUGGCCACAGAAGACUCUGUGACAUCAAAGAGGAGUUCUAUAGGAUUGCAGAUGGUCUGCAAUGCUGACUGUGUGAUCAGCAAUGUUGUGGCAAAAUGGCCUGGCUCAGUCCAUGACUCCAGAAUCUUUCGGGC